AUGAGGCUCAUCCUGAGGGAUGCAGUAGAGGAGGCCCUAACCCACCAGGCUGGCCUGAAGACCCUACAGAAGUCCAAAUUCAGAGAACUCUGGCCCUGCCUGUUGCUACUGCUGCUGCUGCUGCCGCCGCCGCUGCUGUGCUCCUCGGAGGUCAUGCCAGAGCCCUGCGAGUUGGACGAUGAAGAUUACCGCUGCGCCUGCAACUUCUCGGAUCAGCAGGCCGACUGGUCCAGCGGUUACCAGUGUAUGGCUGCUGUCGAGGUGGAGGUCCGUGGGGGCGGCCGCAAUCUUGAGGAGUUUCUAGGGCUCGCAGAUACCGACCCGAAGCAGUAUGCCGACAUGGUCAAGGCUCUGCGCGUGCGGCGGCUCACCGUGGGGGCUGCCCGGGUUCCUGCCCGGCUCCUGUUCGCCGCACUGCGUGGGCUUGGUUACUCCCGCCUCAAGGAACUAACUUUUGAGGACCUGGAGGUAACUGGCACGUCUCCGCCGCCGCCACUGGAAGUCACCGGGCCGGCGCUCUCCACUCUCCGCCUCCGCAACGUGUCGUGGGCCACAGGUGGUGCCUGGCUGGCCGAGCUGCAGCAGUGGCUCAAGCCGAACCUCAAAGAACUGGCUAUUGCGCAAACACACCCAUCUGCCUUUUCCUGCGAGCAGCUCCGCACCUUCCCGACUCUCACCACUCUAGACUUGUCCGACAACCCUGCACUGGGCGAGCGCGGGCUGGCCGCGGCUCUCUGUCGGCACAAGUUCCCGGCCCUCCAGGAUCUCCGGCUGCGCAACGCGGGAAUGGAGACGCCUACCGGUGUUUGCGCAGCGCUGGCGGCGGCGGCUGUGCAACCCCACCGCCUAGACCUCAGCCAGAACGCGCUGCGCCCCACCGCAAACCCCAGAGCCGCGGGGUGCGUCUGGCCCAGCGCCUUGAGCUCUCUCAGUUUAUCGUUCGCUGGGCUGGAGCAGGUGCCUAAGGGACUGCCGGCCAAGCUCAGCGUGCUGGAUCUCAGCUGCAACCUGCUGAACAGGGCGCCACGACCAGAUGAGCUGCCCCAGGUGGAAAACCUGGUACUGGACGGAAAUCCCUUCCUGGACCCUGGAGUCACCAACCCUCAAGAGAGCUCACAGAACUCAAGAGUAACCAGAAUUUGUGGGCGCUCCCCCGUGGCACAGGGAUAA